AUGAGUGUCACAUCCAACAGAGUGUCAUCACCGCAACAAUCCUCUGCAGAGACAAGAACGCUUUCACAAACGUCGCAGCAACCUGUUGGAAGAAGUGUCACAUCUUUGGCUUCUUUGAGAAAUUCCACUACUAGCUCGAAUACUACUAAUACUACUAAUACCAACACAUCCUUAACAUCCACUUCUGCUUACAACACUUCUCAACAUGGUGCUACACAAUCAAUGACACAAACAGAUGAGGAUUCACCAUUCCGAAGAUCUAGAGCAGUAUUUGAAAAUAUUCAAAGAAAUAACAAUGCAAGUGGCUCGCAAUCGUCGAAUACUAGCAACAUGAAUCGUAGUAAUAGACAUCAACAAAUAGAAGAGCUAGAGAGAGUAGAAGUAACAAUUCCACACAACAAGGAAUUCAUCGUCAAGUAUCAACAAGUUCAAAUAGCAGAAAUGUUGAUUCUGUUCGGAAUAGAAAACAAAUGUUUGAAACUCUCAUUGCAAGUAACAACAAUUCUAGCAGUUCUCAUAAUUAUCGUCCCAGUUUGA